AUAUAAUAUCUGCGUACGAGAGUUACCGUGCAGUGGCAUUUGACCAUCUACCUAUAUAUGAGUCGCGCUGUAGUACAGAUAAGUAAAUAGUAUUGUCCUUUUUUUUUUAUCUCUUUUGCUAUUCCUCCUCCUUCCUCCUCCUCCAUACAACACUUCUAUUCGUACUCGUCGUACCCAUACCAUACUACCGAAACCUGCUUGUGACCUUUGAGAAAAACCCAAGAAGAGAAGAAGAAGAAGAGAUGUCUCCCUCGGCCGUCUCCCGGGAUUUUACAUCCUCACCUACACUGGACACGACUUCGAAACUCACCAAGGCAGGAACCGAGUCCGCGUUGUCGAAAGUGACAUCCAACGGAACGACCACGACCGGAAAUGACGACAUCGUCGUCGCGGACCUAGACGCCUCCAAAUGUACAGUGACGCACCCACCCACCUUCAAACCGGUCCCGGCUCUGGAUUCCGCCGAGGUGCUCUCCCAGUCUUGCACGACCGACCACAUGCUCACGGCGAGGUGGACCGAGGCCGGGGGUUGGGAGGCCCCCGAGAUCAAGCCGUACGGCGCGCUGUCCCUCAUGCCGACGGCCUCGGUGCUGCACUACGCGACCGAGUGCUUCGAGGGGAUGAAGGCGUACAGGGGCGCCGACGGCAAGGUGCGCCUGUUCCGGCCCGACCGCAACGCCAAGAGGUUCCUCAAGAGCGCGACCCGCAUCUCCCUCCCGGCCUUCUCGACCCACGAGUUCCUCAAGUGUCUCCAACGGUUCGUCGGCGUCGAGGCCCGGCGGUGGUUGCCCGUCGACGAAAAGGACGACGAGAGGUUCGUCUACCUCCGCCCCACCAUGAUCGCGACCGCACCCGCCCUCGGAGUGCAGAAACCAAAAGAGGCCCUGAUGUACAUCAUCGCCGUGCUGUUUCCGCGGCUGGACGAGCCGAGGAGGAUGCCUCCUGCUGGCGCUGCGCUUGCCACGAACGGUGCCAACGGACAUGCUGUAGGCGCAACCCCGAGGCCGUCCACGGGCAUGCGCUUGCUGGCGUCGCAGCAUGACAUAAUCCGUGCGUGGCCCGGCGGGUUCGGGAACGCCAAAGUUGGUGCCAACUAUGGGCCGAGUUUGAUCGCCCAGGGCGAGGCCAGAGCGAGAGGCUACGAUCAAAUUCUGUGGCUGUUUGCAGACGAGUGUUUCGUCACCGAGGCCGGCGGAAGUAAUUUCUUUGUGUUGUGGAUCAACGAGGACGGCGAGAAGGAGCUCAUCACUGCUCCACUGGGAGAUGGGACCAUCCUCGAGGGCGUCACGAGGGCAAGUGUGUUGGACCUCGUCCGGGCGAGGGGCGACGUCAAGGUCGUGGAAAGAAAAUUCACAAUGGACGAGGUUGUACGUGCCGCCGACCAAGGUAGAUUGCUCGAAGGAUUCGGCGCUGGGACUGCCUUCUUCAUCGCCCCGGUGUCGGAUGUGCAUUUCAGAGGCCUCGAUGUCGUGUUUCCACUGGGUAAAGGAGAAGGAGCAAAGUUUGCAAUGGGCAUCAAGGACGAAUUGAAAAGUAUCAUGUAUGGACGUAUCCAGCAUGAAUGGGGUGUUGUUGUUGAAGAAUUGUAAUGAGUGCAGGAGGGAAGCGUCACUUAGCGUAUAGAACCAGCUGUUUGGUAUUGGGCGUUCUUUGGAAGAAAUUGUUAUGCAUGGAAACGGCUGAUCACUCAUAAAGUAGAUAUGAUAAAAAUGACUUCGCGUUUCCGGAUAGAAACUUACUUAGCAUGGCCAGAAGACAUCGAUUCAGAUGGAAAAAAAUGCAUUCAGAGUGAGCUGGUCUUUCGCUAGCUCGAAGCUGCUAUGACAUAGAAGGCGAUUUGUUUGGGCCUGAAC